ACAAAUUUUAAUUUGAAGAUAAUCCGAAUUGACAGAGAACCAGGACAUAAAACUCAUUGCCACGGAUCAGUAAUGCAGCAAAUUUAGGAAUAUUCACAUUGAAGAAGAUGUGGCUGUUGCACGACCAUGGCAGUGUGUUUUCUGUUAGCAAACCGUCCUGUGCUCAUUACCUUAGUGAAAAUCUGCUUAUAUCUUCAAAGCGAGGUGAGCGGAUGGAAUGCUCCCGCUCUCAUCAUCUGAACGCAAGUAAUAGUAAGGAGGAGACUUCAUUGAGGUGGGCACAGAGGCGAGCUGCCAUUACUGCGAUUCAGACCACAACCAACGAUAUCACAGUUACUCUUGAUAGGGUAGGAGAAAAAUUGCUGACAUCGGAUUUAAACUUGAUUCUGCGUUACUUUGGGAGCUUAAGGAGGUGGGAAGACAUUUGCCAGCUGUUUCACUGGAUGGAGAAACAUGGCAAUGUUACUGCUUCCUCUUACACAAGUUUUAUAACAUUAAUGGGGAAAGCACGCCUCCCUAAAAAUGCUUUGGAGCUCUAUUGCAAUUCAAAAGACACAAGUAUCAAAUCAAAUGUGAUUGUUUGUAAUGCAAUGUUAAAAUGCCUUAUUUCCAAUGGGAGGUUUGAAACUGCUUUUAAGUUGUUUGAACAGAUGCAGGAUGGGGGUCUGAUUCCAGAUAUUGUUACAUACUCUACGUUGCUUUCUGCUUGUAUAAAAAUGCGGCAUGGUUAUUCAAAAGCACAAGAGUUUUUGAAAGAUCUCAAAGGAAAGGGCUUGAAGCUUGAUGUAGUGAUGUAUGGAUCCCUUUUAGCUAUCUGUGCUUCACAUGAUCGUGAUGAAGAAGCUGAAGCUUAUUUUCAGCAGAUGAAGAAUGAGUGUCUUUCUGCCAAUGAGUUUCAUUAUAGCUCACUCCUAAAUGCUUAUGCAGCAAAAGGAAAGUAUGAAAAGGCUGAGAAACUAAUAGAUGAGAUGAAAUCUUCAGGCAUAGUACCCAAUAAGGUGGUAUUGAAUUCAUUGAUGAAGGUAUAUGUUAAAAGUGGGCAUUUUGUAAAAGCAAAGAAGGUGUUUGCUGAACUGGAUGCUGCUGGCCAUAUUUCUAAUGAGAUGCCAUAUUGCACAAUAAUGCAUGGACUUGCCGAGGCCGGUAAAAUAGAGGAGGCCCAGAAGGUAUUUAAUGAAAUGAAGAUCAAGGGAAUAAAAUCAGAUGGGUAUUCAUAUAGUGUGAUGAUCUCUUCUUAUUCUAAGAUUGGUGAUUUUGAAAAGGUAAAGAAGCUAGCUAUGGAGAUGGAGAGUAUAAAAGUUAAUUAUGACUUAGCAAUGAUGAAUACAUUGUUGAAGGCUUAUUCUAGAGUAGGUGAUAUGGAGAGUGUCAUGCGAACGCUCAAGAAAAUGGACAAGUUAAAAAUUUCUCCUAAUUGGAUAACAUUUAGCACCCUUAUUUCCUAUUUUUGUGAAGAGGAGUUAUAUGAUCUUGCGUUACAUACUCUUGAAGACAUGCAAAUUAAAGGGCAUCAACCAACAGAGAAACUCUGUUCACCACUUAUUACAGGACUACGAGAAAGUGGUAGGACUGACGAAGUUUUGAAAGUUUAUAAUCAGCUGAAAUGCAGAAAGCGUCAGUUGUCAUGAAAAUAUGCUGAAUAGUUUUAGUUUCAGGGAAGAUUCUUAAGGAUGCACAUAUAAUCAUGAAGGUAAACGGAGAGAUUUUUAAUACUGAUCUUUCACGAUAUAUUCAGCAAGGCAAGAAAUGUGAGUUGUUUAAGCUACUCAAGUGGAUGCAAAUCGAAAUACCUUCUUCCAGAGUAAAUUCCACAAUGCAAACGCUACAGGAAAAGGGUUAAUCAGAUGCAGCAGAAGUGUUGUCUAUUCCAACCAAAUAUCUUCCACCAUCGUAGCUCUUGACAAUGAGAAGAGAAUGCCCAUUUUCAUUCAGGGAUUUGCUGCUUCAACUUUUAAGCAGUAAGAUUUGAAUUCAAAUAAAGGGAAACAAACAAAAAUAAGAUUUCUAAUUCAAACUACCUAUAAACUUCAGGUUGAGCUCAAUGGACUUAAAACAAGAUAUAUGUUUUCAAAUACACAUUCCAUUCAUUGUAGAGAUAAGUUCAGAAGAAGUUAAUGAUAUAUAAUUGGUCAAAAGAAUUUUACAAAAAUUAAGCAGCAUGUACUUGAUAGAUUAUGUUUUGGAACCUUGCAGUUCAAUCUGAAAUGUUUUGAAAUAAGGAUAGACAAUGUAGUUUCAUUUGAGAAUAUUUUUAGAACAUAGAAAUUCUGAUGGAUGGUGAGGAUUUAAUUUGUUUUAGAUGCAGGCUUAAAUGCAAUUUGUUUAAAAAUAAUU